AUGUUGAACAACACCAGUUCUGACUUUGACUUGAUCAUUCGCCAGCAGCCCAAUAGGGCCCGCGUGGCGGGGGGCAAGGAAAAAGAGCGCAAACCUAUCGAUCCGCCCCCGAUCGUCCAGCUCCGGGUGCGAGAAGAGAACACCUACCUCGCACAGCAUUACCUGCAAAGCCCUUACUAUUUCAUGUGCUGCAGUCUGUACGAUGCAACAGAAGAGCGUCCUGUACCCGUCGCACCAUCAACUGCGUUAGCAGGAACCCUAGUUUCGUCCCUUCACCGGUUGAAGGACGUGGACAACAGCGAUGGUGGAUUUUUUGUCUUUGGAGAUCUCUCCGUGAAGAUUGAGGGCGAAUUUCGCCUGAAGUUUACCUUGUUCGAGAUGCGAAAGGACCGUGUCUCCUAUUUGAAGACCGUUAUCUCAGAGCGGUUCACAGUCUCCCCUCCUAAGAGUUUCCCCGGGAUGAUGGAGUCAACCCACCUUUCGCGAUCAUUUGCGGAUCAAGGUGUGAAAUUGCGCAUCCGGAAGGAACCUCGGACGAUGUUGAAACGAUCCACACGACCGGACGAGUUCCAUCAACCAGUCGCCACUCGAUCUCCAGAACGCCAGGCGGUGCAGAUUCCUCCAUCCUCUAGCUAUGGAGGCUAUCCGCCGGCGGCGCGAGAUUAUGGGUACUACGGUCAGCAGCCGCCGGUCAAGCGUCAUCGUACUUCGAUCGACUAUGGCAGACAGCAGGGCCUCUAUGAUGUGGAUGGUCGAAUGGCCCGUCAAAUGGAUCCAUAUGGCCAGCCAACAGCUGCCAUGUACGCUGGUCAGCCAGCAGCCUAUCAAACGCCUGCCGCCAUGCAGACUUACAACACAGGGCAGGUGGUGCCUGAUUACACGGCGAUGUACCCUGGCAUGCAAGCAUCAGCGGGCAUGCAAGCAUCGGCUCCCAUGGCCCAGAUCCCCGAUCCUACCGGUCAAAGCCGAUCCAGCCAGCAGCAGCAGGCCGCUGUGGGACAACUGAUGGCGAUGAACCAGCCUGGCACUCCUACUCCGGAUUCGACUGGAGCCAUGAUGGCUCAGGGAUAUGCCCGUUCCGGAUACCCUCCUAGCUCGACUAUACUUCCUCCUCUACAGCGGAAUCGCGACUAUCCCCAAGGAACUAAUGGAUCCGCGCGAGCUUAUUUCGACCAAACUCCUCAGGCGAAUACCCCUAUUCUUCCAUCUCAAAUGGUCAACGAAGGCGAUCGAUUUGGCUCCGUGGCCGGCCCAACAACCUUUGAUCACCCCGAUUCCCCGAAUGGAACGCCACAAUGA